AUGCUGAAGACUCGAUGGGAAAUUCUUGCAAAAAAACUGGCACAAAUAAUCGCCAGUUCCUUUCCUAACCUUGAAACCUUGAUCUGUCGCAGCAUUAAUUACGAAAGUCUUCGAAUAUUGUUGACAGGCUGCAGGAAGCUCCGAAAUUUUGAUUUCACCUUCGCCCUGGAGUUUAAUGAUGAAACAGCUUUAUCGAUCGCGCCUUUAUUCCCCACAUUAGAGGCAUUCAGUUUGAGAAUUUUCAAUAGGAACAAUUUUCCACUGUUCAUAUCUUCGUGGGCUCAAAAUCAAACUCAGUUGCGAGAGAUAAGUCUCUCUUUCGGCGAAGGUCUUUCAGAUAGUAGCUUCCUUCCCAUCACUCAAUAUUGUCAUAAUUUGGAAUCUGUCACGUUAUGGUGGUGCAGUGGAUUCACGGAUCUGGCAUUCGAGGCUCUGGCUCGCAAUAGAAACUCGGGGCUUAAGCGCCUACAUUUCUAUCGUGUAAAGGACCUGACCGACGUUGGAUUAACCGCGAUCGCGAAUCAUUGUCCUAAAUUGCAAGAACUUCAUUUAAUACACUGUGAAAGCCUGACCCAGGCAUCACUAGUGAAGAUAGCCAGGGACUGUAAGAAUUUGGUCACCUUUACGGCGGAGUUUUGCUCUAGACGUUAUAAUUGGCAGAUGACGGCGGCCUUUCUCUUCACCCUCGCCAACCGUAACCGUGGCACGCUCGAGGUCUUAACAUUUCAUGAUCGUAACACUUAUAUAACUGAAACAGAAUCAUAUGAUAAAUAUCGAUUCGAUAGUUCAUUACUGGAUCGUUUAGCUUUGCGCUGUCCAAGAUUAAGAAGACUGGAGUUGUAUACAUAUCAUCAAGAAUCAAAUGCGAAUGUACGUCGUCCAUCUCUACUUCUGCGUUAA